AGUAGCUAAGAAUGGUCAUGAAGGCAGGCCAUGUCCUUGAUUUUUUUCCUCUUGUUUUCCUUUUCUUCAGUGUUGGAAACCAUCCUCCGUGAUCUUCUGCCUUCUUCCCACCAUAAACGGAUAGUGGGGAUUUCACGCCUAGGAUUCUACGGGAUAGCUGCUGGAAAGGGUGUUGGUUCUGGAACGAUUAUUGAUGCGGAUGGCACUAUUUUAACAUGUGCCCAUGUUGUGGCUGAUUUUCAGGGCAUGCACCCUUCUUCUAAGGCGAAGGUCAGUGGUUACUUGUACAUUGGAAUGCCUAGGUCUAAAUAGUCAUUUGAACACUGUCCUUGAUGAUGCAUUUGUAGUUUUCACUUAGAACCAUUCUGCCAUAUCAAUAUUGUCAUAUUUGAACUCUAUGUAAAUCUAGGGAAAAUUCUCUUGGAAUGGUCAUGGUGCUGAGAUUGCAGUGAUGCAAACACUAGUCAAUUUCAAAAUUAUUUUAUAAUCCAUGCUGGGUUUUGCAUCCUCAUAUAUCCUUUUUUAGCUCUGUUGUAUUAAAAAAAAAAAAAGCAU